AUGACACUUAAGGAUAAUAUCAGCCAAAAAAUUGAUGAUAAAAACAGUUCCAGAAAUGAUUUUUCUUCAGUAUCGAGUAAUACAGAAUAUAUUGAAUAUAAAGAUGGAAAUUAUAUACUUGAGUAUGAUUCUAACAGUAGUUUGAGAAUUGAAAAAGAAACCUUAACAUUCAAUUCAAGCAAAUUAGAAGAAUGCAAGAUUGAAGAUAAAAUUUCAAACUUUGAUUUAAGCCAAAUUGGUUACAAUGGAAACGAAACAAUAAUAUCAGAAGAACUAAUUAACGAAGACGGAAGGAAAAAUAAGUUAAAACAAGGUUUAAAUGCCCGACAUAUUCAAUUAAUUGCACUUGGUGGAUGUAUUGGAACAGGUUUAUUUGUUGGAGCAGGAAUCACAUUAAAUAAAUGUGGCCCUGCUGGAUUAGUUGCUUCUUAUCUUAUUAUUUCUACAAUGGUAUAUCCCAUAAUGAACGUCUUGGGAGAGAUGGUAUGUUACUUGCCCGGAGAUGGUAGUGAUUCUGCUGGAUCAGUUCCUCAUUUAGUGAAACGAUAUUUGGAUGAUUCUUUAUCGUUUGCAGCAGGAUGGAAUUAUUAUUAUUGUUUUGUAAUGUUGGUUGCUGCUGAAUGUACAGCUGCCUCUGGUGUUGUUGAAUAUUGGACUAAAGUUGUUCCCAAACCUGCAUGGAUUGUAAUGUUUCAGUUAAUUAUAUUUGGGUUAAAUAUGUGUCCUGUUAGAGUUUAUGGGGAAUCUGAAUUUUGGUUUGCCAUUAGUAAGAUUCUUUGUAUUGUUGGUUUAAUUAUUUUAUCAUUUAUAUUAUUUUGGGGUGGAGGGCCAAAUCAUGAUCGCCUUGGAUUCCGAUAUUGGAUAACACCUGGAUCAUUCGCUAAUACAAUAACUAAUGGAUCAUUUGGGAAUUUUUUAGAUGUUUAUAAGGGGAUUAUAUUAGGGGCAUUUUCUUUUAUUUUAGGACCUGAAUUAGUUGUAUUGCCAAGUUCGGAAUGUAGUGAUCCUAGAAGAAACAUUAAAAAAGCAUCGAAGAGAUUUAUUUGGAGAUUAAUGUUUUUUUAUAUCUUGGGUACAUUAUCUAUUAGUGUUAUUGUUAGUUAUAAUGAUCCGAUCCUAUCUACUGCAUUAAUUCAAGAUAAGCCCGGUGCAGGUUCAUCACCCUUUGUCAUUGGUAUUCAAAAUGCUGGAAUUGAUGUAUUGCCACAUAUCAUCAACGUAUGUAUAUUAAUCAGUGCAUGGUCAUCAGGAAAUGCCUAUCUAUUUGCCAGUUCCAGAUCUUUACAAACAAUGGCUAUCAACUCGCAAGCACCUAAAUGCUUAGGGAAGAUCAAUCGAUUUGGAGUACCAUAUGUUGCAGUGAUUGUUUCAAUUAUCUUAUCAUGUAUUGCAUAUUUGAAUUGUUCUAAAUCUACCAGCGAUGUGUUUAAAUGGUUUACAAACUUAAGCACGAUAUCUGGGUUUUUAGGCUGGAUAAUUGUUUCUGUGACCUACUUAAGAUUUCGUAAAGCUAUUGAAUAUCAUGGUAUGAAAGAUCGAUUACCAUAUACAACUUGGGGUCAACCAUAUCUAAUAAUCUAUUCAUUAAUAAGUUUUAUUAUCAUUACGAUUACUAAUGGGUUUGAUAUUUUAAUACCCAGGAAUUGGAAUGUCAGUGAUUUUAUUGCAGCAUAUUUAACAUUGCCUAUUUUCUUAAUGAUUUGGAUUGGACAUAAAUUUUACAAGUAUAGAUUUAAGAUAUUUACAAGGCAAUGUCGGUGGUGGUAUCAAGUAGAAGAUAUUGAUGUUAUUACAGGAUUAGAAGAAAUUGAAAUGGAGAGUGAAAAGUUUGAAAGUGAGUAUGUGAAACCGGAAACCGUUGGGGGGAAAUUUGUAGACUGGUUAUUAUGA